AUGACAAAAUUGCCGAUAUUUCAAGACUACGAGGCCGCUGUCGUGAAGGGUACUAGGCUACUCCAGAUACUGGCCGCGAGGGACAAGACACAAGUUCAAAGCGCAUUCGAGGAAGUACAAGAACUAGCCCAACGUGGCUACCUUCUGAAGCCUCAAGACAAGUUCUUUGAAAUCGACUGUAUCGCCGAUGCGCUCUGCGAUCUAGGUGUCAGCGACAAGAUGGUGUAUGAUGGCGGAGAGAACAUGAGAACACAUCAUGUGCAUGACUGCGACGGAGCAGCAACGCGAGGAGAUGAUACGACAACACACGGCUACUUCUCCCAAGUCAGCAACCCACUGUCUGGUGUCUUGAUCGCAGACAGUAAUCUCACUCGCACGCAUGCAGCGAAAUUUGAUGACGCAUGGGAAGAAGAAGCUAUAGGACUAUCGCCACUGCGACACUGGUCAGACGUAGCGUUUCUACAAUACCUUUCUUCUUUCCCCGAACCACCCGUACGGCCGAUUCCGCUCAACUACGUCUUUCGCGUCCAGAUACAAAACGCCGAGACGUCUCUGGUGCUCAACAAUAUUAUCAGCAAGCAUGGCACGUUUACAUUCGAGUUUUGGCCUGGUAUCACGUUCGGAAUGGACACUGAAGAAGGCAAGGCAAUCUUGGGGACGCCGAAUGGUUGUGGUGUCGCUUGGAUGCUUAUUCAACAUAAGAAGGCGUUUGGAGAGAAGAAUAUUGAGAAGGUGACUUUAUUCCAUGCGGCAAAGAAGGAUGAUUUGUUUAGAUGGCCGACUUUGCUGUUUUGGAUUGUGUAG